UUUCUCAGUAACUAAUGAACGGAUUUGAUUUCGGUUUUCACUAACGGAUAGUGGGUACUUAGUACUUACUACUUUGUUGCAAUUCAAACGAAAAUCAAAUAAAUAAUAAACACGAUAACGAUAUAAUAACACAAAUUAAAAAAGAGAGGGAAAAACACGUCUUGUUUUUAAUUAAUUGACCAUCAAUGAUAUCUUAUCAUUGGCGAACACAAUUUUUGUUUUCGAACACGAGAUACAGAAUUUAAUAUUAUGUAUAGAUAUUAUUAAUUUAUAUGUUUUAUUAAACUUUCAUUGUACACAACGUUAAAUUUAUUUAAACUUACAACCGAUGAAAAAUAUUUUAAGUGUGUAACGUUUCACCAGUUUUUAAUACUACACCAUGGCGAGUGUCCGAGACAGUGAUAUCUCACUGUGGCUUCAUAACAAAUUAGGAACGACCAACGAUACUUGGAUUAGCGGUUCAAUAUGCACGCAGCUUACGUCCGACGUGUUGCGUAACAUAAAAGAUUGUUUUCCCGACUUGCAAACGCAGGUCAAGCUUAAAUUGUUAUUGUCAUUUUUUCAUAUUCCCCGGAGAAAUAUUGCCGAAUGGCGAACAGAACUAGAAGAAAUUUUAGAAGUAGCUUGUGUCGACAGUGAACAAUGGGUUUCCAUGUUGGCCGAAAUGAUGAAGACAUUUCCUUCUACUGGCAAUUUAAACGUCACAGAGUUUUUUCACAACGAAGAUAAUAAUAGAAUAUUCAAUGAUUUAAUCAGCGAUUUAAAAAAAUUAGUUAGAAAAAAUUUGGACUAUACCAUGUUGCCUUUAGAAUGUCUUUAUUUAAACAAAAAUGCUUUAAUUAAUGUGGUCGGUCAGUCGCCCACAUCGGUUAAACAUUUCAAUUUAAAAAGAAAACCAAAAGCUGCAGCUAUCAAAGCGGAAUUGUUACAAAAAGCUACAGAUGCGGCUAAUAACAUUAAAAAACACACAGCUCCUGCCGUUCCAGUACGAUCGAGAGGCAUGCCUCGAAAAAUGACUGAUACAACUCCUUUGAAGGGUAUACCCAGUCGUUCAAUACCUAGUGGUGGUUUCCGUUCGAAUCCUUUGAACAACACUCUGACGACUCCCUCGAGACCAGGAAUGCGCAAAGACUGUGGUAUUAAAAUAUUAGAAAUUACCGAACAGCCUAUUGGUUACGCCCAAGCGAAAAAACGAAAGAGGGCCGAAAUGGAAGAAAGUAAACGUCUCUUGGAGGCCAACAGUGUUCCCACUUCUGGUCCGUCCUUACCAAAUUCAAAAACGGAAGUUACGUCUACUACUCCAGAUUAUGCUGCCGGUCUAGCUCCGUUGAAUCCGCCAACCCCAGCGCCUCCUACACCUCAACAUGUACCCAGUUAUAUAGCACCAGCUACGCCUUUGCCUCCAGAACCUAUUAUCAACGAACCUCCGAGUGUUCCCAGCACACCUCAACCAGCCGUUGAAACUCCACCGGCCCCAGCUGCAUCCAAAGUUAUUCACCCACCUAUGGUCCAGAUGCAAGUACGUUCUCAAACUGCCCAAGUCGGUUCGUCGACAACAACCUCGACAAAUACGGCACCGACCCAAUUAUCUCUUACUAGGAGCCAAAUGGAAGAGGCUCAAGAUAUGUUCCGAAAUGCUAACAAAGUCACGCGUCCUGAAAAAGCCUUAAUAUUAGGUUUCAUGGCUGGAAGUCGAGACAAUCCGUGCCCGCAACUAGGCAGCCUCGUAACUGUGAAACUAAGCGAAGACCACGAAACGGUUUUGCAGAAUGACCACACUCUAGUUAAUAUGUUAGUUGAAACACAUUUCCAAAUGAAUUACAACACGGGUGAAUGGAAACGAAUUAAGAAAUACAUCGAGUUGGACAGAACGAGUAUGCCGGUCGCCAGUAGUCAACUCGCUGCGUUAGCAGCCGCCGCCACAGCAUUACAAAAUCAAUCUUGACUAACUCACCAAUUUGUGGGCCACCCUAGAAAUUUCCAGUUGUAUAAAGCCUGUUGAUUUAUAUUGAUUCGAAUACAAAAGCAACAAUUUUCCCAUCUUACAAAAAGACAUUUUGUUUGUAUCAAACAGCGAGUCGCUUAGUGGUGUUUAUUGAAAAGACUUAUAUUUUAAAAAUGUGUAUAACAAAUUUAAACUCUAUGUAUGAAUAAAAACAUUAAAACGCUAAC